ACUCUAACUCAGGCACCACUCUCUUCUUACGCCGCCGCCGCCAUGGAAUCACUUCCUCAGCCACAGAACCAGUCAUCUCCGGCGAAGUUUCUCCUCGGCAAAUACGAACUCGGUCGCCGACUCGGAAGCGGAAGCUUCGCGAAAGUCCAUUUAGCUCGUUCAAUCGAUUCCGACGAGCUCGUCGCCAUUAAAAUCAUCGAGAAGAAGAAAACAAUCGAAUCCGGCAUGGAGCCGCGAAUCAUCAGAGAGAUCGAUGCGAUGCGUCGUCUCCGUCAUCAUCCAAACAUACUCAAGAUCCAUGAAGUUAUGGCUACCAAAUCUAAGAUCUACCUCGUAAUGGAACUCGCUUCAGGUGGUGAGCUAUUCUCAAAAGUCCUCCGCCGUGGUCGUCUCCCCGAAUCGACGGCGCGUCGUUACUUCCAACAACUCGCCUCCGCGCUCAGCUUCUCUCACCGAGACGGUGUCGCUCACCGCGACGUGAAACCGCAGAAUCUACUCUUGGAUGAGCAAGGUAACCUCAAGGUCUCUGACUUCGGUUUAUCUGCUUUACCGGAACAUCUCCAGAACGGAUUGCUUCACACGGCGUGUGGUACUCCGGCUUACACAGCUCCGGAGGUUAUCUCACGGAAGGGAUACGACGGAGCAAAAGCUGAUGCGUGGUCUUGUGGUGUGAUUUUGUUCGUUCUAUUAGUCGGUAAUGUUCCUUUCGAUGAUUCGAAUAUCGCAGCGAUGUAUCGGAAGAUUCAUCGGAGAGAUUAUAAAUUCCCGAGCUGGAUCUCGAAACAAGCUAAAUCGAUUAUAUAUCAGAUGUUAGAUCCGAAUCCAGUAACGAGGAUGAGUAUUGAAACAGUUAUGAAGACGAGUUGGUUCAAGAAGUCUCUAGAAACUUCUGAGUUUCACCGUAACGUGUUUGAUUCAGAGCCGGAGAUGAAAUCGAGUGUUAGUUCGAUUACUGCUUUUGAUCUGAUCUCGUUAUCGUCGGGGUUAGAUCUUUCGGGAUUGUUUGAGGUUAAGAAGAAGAAGGAGAGGAGAUUCACGGCGAAGGUUACAGCUGUUGAAGUGGAGGAGAAGGUGAAGGAGAUUGGGGAGAAGUUAGGGUAUGUAGUGAAGAAGAAGAUGAAGAAAGAAGGAGAAGCGAAGGUGGUUGGAUUAGGGAGAGGAAGGACAGCGAUUGUGGUGGAAGCUGUGGAGGUAGCUGUUGAUGUUGUGGUGGUUGAAGUGAAAGUUGUUGAAGGUGAAGAAGAUGAUUCACGGUGGUGUGAUUUGGUUACAGAGCUUGAAGAUAUAGUUCUUUCAUGGCACAAUGACAUUAUGUAAAUAGAUUUGUGACGUUGUGGAUUUUUCUUAGCAUUUUUGUUUUUUCUCUUUCUCUGUUCAGUUUUGUAUAAUCUCUCAUGAACGAAAUCAAAUCUCCCAGUUCAUAGUCUA